AUGGCGCUCGCACCGCUUGGAACCCAAGUGCGCCCAUACAGAGACUACCUGACGCCAGCUCUACACCGAAGAUUCAACAAGGCCAGUCGAUAUACGCUUUUGCUAUGCUAUGGGAUCGCGUGUUGGAUGGGGGAAUGGGAUAACCUACUAUGGCUAUGGUUCCCACUAGGUCUCACUGGCAUUCGAACCCUCCUAAUCUUCCUCUCUGCUCUUACCAUCUACGUCCUUCGCGUCGCCCAGUGGCAUGUUGGCCAGCGCCAAACACAAACAAAAGCCGAAACAUUCACCAAGUACUUCUUCCGUCCUGCAACGCUGGUCACACUUGUUGCCUAUGCUUUCUCCGCCAUGAUGUUUGUAGAGACAUACAUUUGGUCGCGGGGUACCAAGGACAGGCUCAACUUUAUCGAGGCGGGCCGCAUGCACGAGCGAUUCCGACUGAACGAGAGGCCGCUUUACCUGCGCUACCUCUUCUACCUCCUGGCAGCGGCGCAAUCUGGAGUACAUUUGUGGAAGGACUACGACAAGAUUGAAGUGCAGGCUAUGAAGCCUAAGAAGGAGCGGGGAGACGCAACGACUGCAGCACUGGCGCGACGGGCACCCAAGCCCAGAAAUGUCCUCAUCAGACAGCUAAAGGGCAUUGCGACACAGUCAAGCUCACUGGCUUCGAUCAUCGCUCUUGCUGGUUUCGGCGUCUACUUCAUCGGCACCCGGAACCUGAUCUGGAGCUACUACUACAGCUUCGGUCGAUAUCUCUGGAGCCUGUCCAAAACUUCCACGCCAACGGGACUUGCCCCAUUUCUUCCGCUGUGCUUCAUGUUCAUCACAGAAGGGACGCUGCUAGUCGUGCUCUGGGAGUUUGUCAACAAGACCUUCGACGUGUAUAUUGCGCAAGAACCAUUGAAGAACGACCUGCCGAUCACGAAUGAUUCCACAGACCCCAAUGGAUCUCUCCUAAACGGCCUCAAGUCGAAGAAGGAUACUGUCAGGGCCAUUGCUUUCUGGGAGCUAGCCCUCGUUACUGACGCCUUCCCCAAUCGCCGCAAGACUAUUUACAGCGAAAUGGAUCGUAAGAAGGCGCCGACACACCAGCAAGUCACGGACCUUUGCUUAGGGGAGCUCAAGUUCCUUAUCGACCGCGUUAGCGUUGGUCUUGAUCCCGCCUACCAGCCCAACGAUGGAUCUGGCAAAGACCAGCCAGCAGGACCUGUCAGCUUGGUACCUCGUAUCGCACAACCACUCAAGGAUGAUAAGCCAAUCUCUGCUGCACCACCAAAACCAAAUACUAGAUGGGAACACGUCGAGGCAGCAACAGCCAACAUUGCGAAGUCACAUAGCGCCCCUGGCAACGCACAGCAAGCGUACAGUCGCGAAGCUAUAAACAGAGGAGUGAAGAAGGCUCAAGAGGGUGCAAAGGAGGCCGAAUCGUUUUUCACGACGUACUACAACAAGCUUGUCUCUUCCCCGGUCGGCGUAUUAUUCCAACACUCCUUUCGACGGACAGCGAACAUUGUCGUUCUCGGCGCACCUUACUCUCAACUCUCUCGAGUUUGCAAUGCAGCAACUGCCCUGGCGAAUCUUGCAGUCUUUUCCCUGGCUGAGGAUAGUUUAGGACGCUUCCACCAAGGUAUCCCAAGCAUAGUGCGCAUAUUCACUAUUGCGCUCAAGAAGAUCGAUGAGUAUAUGGAAGUAGCUCCUAUUCACUCGAGUGACAUAGAGACGCUCAACAAGCCGGAGGCGGAGAGGAGAAAGGUGUCUGAAGUAGACGAAGUCAGGGAAUGUCUCAGAGAAGGUCUUGAGAAGAUUCUGGGUAGCUUCAAUGAAUACCUGAGCGGCAUGGGCCUUAGCAGGCUGGAGAUCAUGGAGGCAAAGAAGAUUGUGGGUGUUAAGAAGGCACCAGAGAUGAUUCAGGCGGCUGCCAAACAGUAA